AUGGAUAAGGCGCCGGCGAGGUGCUUCAAUUUGCUUUUCCUCGAGGAGGAUGAGGAGUACAUGGAUGACAUGAUGAUAACGAUGCGGAGGAAGCAGCCGGGGGGGACACAGGAAUUGGUCUCGACACAGCAGAUGGGUUCUGCACAACAGUUGGGGGCGACACCACAGUUGGUGUCCACCCGAGGGAGGUUACGACUGUGCUCCAAAUCGCUGGUGUUCGAGCCACACAGCGUGGAGGACCCCGUUUUGAAGUUCCCCUUUAAGAAAAUGGAAAACGCUAAGAUUGGUCCUUUGGGGAAUGAAAUAAUAAUCAAGGCUUCUGAAGUUAUAAGGAUGAAAACGAUUGUGCAUGCCAGGAAGACGAGGUGCACAUCUCAGUUCACAUACGACCGGAAGAACAGGCGCAUGCUUAACGUGAUGAACAAUCUGUAUAAUGAGUACUAUGAGGAGAUCCGCUCUAUCGAUAAUGAGAACAUAGAUGAGAAGAUCCCCCUGUUCGAGAGGAUACUGAACAACUUUGAUGAGAACGAGGAGGGAUCUUCCUCCCCAAUGGUGAGCGCGUCGAACAGUAACAUCCGCACUGCGGUUAGUGGUGGUGCUGGCGUCACCGGUUACAACAGUGGGGGCACCUCCUUCGUGUACUUCUUCCAAUGCGACGGCGCGCCGAACAGCGCGAAAAAACUGAAGGACGUGUACGAUAUAAUGGUAAGGAUAAAAGUCGCCAUGGUGGUGCAUGAAAAACAGAUGGAAAUACUCAUAAAGGAGAAGAAGAAGAAACAGGAGGUGCUAAACGUGGGUGAAGAAGAUAGCGCCAUUCCUAUGCAUGCACAGAGGGAGAGUAGAAACGAUAAGGGUUCAGUUGGGACCAGCCCUACAUCACAAAGCGGCACACGCAACGAAACUGGAUCAUCACAACCGUUGAACAACGUGAGGGAAAUACACCUGGAGAAGUACAUCGAAAGGAUGAUGGAAAAGUUAACACAAAAUAUAAAGUUCGAUAUAAGUAGUAUUGGCCUUCACGAAAAAAUCAUCACAAACCGAAUGGAGGGGUAUUGGGUUUUUAAAAUAUCCCCUCUGUUGAGGACAAAGGGGUUGCUGAACAUAACAAACAAGUUCAUAUAUUUUCAGGCCAACCCAAACUUCACAAAUAAGAAGGAGAAAAAAUGGAAAACGGAGUCCAUCCUUCAUGUGUUUAAGAGAAUUAUAAUAAUGAAGCCAAACGCAUUGGAAAUCAUAUUCGACCAUGAAAGUAGGAAGAAGUACAGCUCCCUCUACGUGGAGUUUGUCAACUUUGACGAUAGGGAGGAAAUAAUUUCCGUCCUGAAAAAAAUAAAUCCGCAAUGUUUUUUUAUCGAAGAAAAUAAGGACUUCGUAUAUGCUAUACAGAAAAAGUGGGAAGUUGGGGCGAUAUCCAACUAUGAGUAUAUAGACUUUAUUAACUGCCUUGCUGGAAGGAGCAGGAAAGACUUUUCCCAAUACCCUGUCUUUCCAUGGAUCCUUUGUGACUAUUCAAAGGAAGAACUAAACUUCAGCGACGAUUCUAUGUUUAGAAAUUUAAAAAAGCCAGUAGGAUGUCUAAACGCAGACCGAUUAAAUUCGUUAAUAGAGAAAAUGCAGGACCAUGAUUAUUUUUAUGGGUCGCAUUAUUCUACGCUGGCUUAUGUUGUCUAUUUCCUAAUUCGCUUGCAUCCAGAAUGCCAGUUAAAGCUGCAGAGUGGGAAGUUCGACACGCUGUCUAGAAUUUUCCUCUCCAUUGAGGGAACUUUCAACACUGCUUUGAAUGCAAAUUCGUCCUUCAUCGAGCUGAUUCCUGAGUUUUAUGAAGAUGAUGAUAAUUUUUUAAAAAAUAUUCUAAACAUUAGUUCCAACGAGGGGAACAUACACGAUGUGAUUCUUCCCAAAUGGUGUUCCUCUGCGAAGGAUUUUUUAGUUAAGAUGAAGAAUGCCCUGGAGAGUAACUAUGCUAAUAAGAACCUAAACGAAUGGAUCAACCUAAUUUUUGGCUACAAGCAAAGUGGACAAAUUGCCAAAGAAAAUUUUAACCUGUUUCACCCCCUCACCUACAUGCAUACCAUCCUGAAUGAGAAGCUCUCCACGGCUAGUUAUAAAUACCACCGUGACAGAAUCAGAGAGGAAGAGGAAAACGAAUUUGAAAGAAACUUUAAUGAAAAAAUUAAGUCCCUCAUUACGACUAUGCCUUCCAAGGCGUUGAAAACACAGUUGCAUGAAUUUGGCCAAUGCCCUUUUCAAAUUUUUAAGGAACACCAUGUUUGUAGGAAAUCCUCCGUUACGUUUAAGUAUAGGGAGGAUAUUAAGAACUCCCCCUGGUACUACUCCCCCGUCUUCAACCAGGUGCUGCGUGAUUUGUACUUUAAGCGAAAGCGCAGAAAAGAUUUGAAGAGGCGCAGGAGGUUGCUUAGCCGCAGUGGCCUAGCAACGGGCGGAAACGUAAGCCAGGAAGAUGGAAGCGAUGCGGAAGAAGAAGAAGAUUCCGAAGAUGAUGAUGACGACGAAAUGGAUGACGACGAAAUGGAUGAUGAUGAGGAGGAGGAGGGCCUGCGUGAGGGAGUUGUCCUACCCGAUGGGGAGGAACACGCACAGGAUCCCCUCCGAGGAAAAAACAAACGACGAGGCAUAGAGGUAAGCACCUCCCUCGUGGAGGAAAGAAUCAACACAAAGUACACGCGAAUGGAAACCCAUGCUGAGUAUUUGAAAAAACACCAGUGGAAUCUACACAGAAGUGACCACUUCCCCUGUGUUGUCAAAGGGGUUGCACACAACCACUCAAACAUCUGCUUCGUCUGCAACAAUGGGUUCAUAAAAAUAAUCACCCACCAUGACCUAAUUAGAAGCGAAAUGAAGAACAACAACAAUUUAAUUUCGUUAAAAAUUGGCGAGGAAAAUUUCUCUUGCGUUACCAGCGCAAAGGGGAACUACCUGAUAGGCACUUCGAACGGAAAUGUUGUCCUUUUGAAUCCACAGAGCAUUUUGAAGGUGAACGAGGAGGGUUCGUCACCCAAGGGUGGAGCGCAGUUCGAUUCGGGGGGUCAAGCAGACGUCGCCGGUCCGACGGAUGCCACCAAUCCAACCGAUGCUGGCGCCCUGUCAGACGAUUCGAGCAUCCCGUUGAGCGAUUCCAAUAAUUCGCUGCUGUCCUCCUUCGAGGAUGUGUUUGAGUAUGACUCACACAUGGGGGGGAAAAGGACCAAAGGAAAGCAAAGGAAAAAAGAUUUUCUCUACAGUGCAAAUAUUUACAACCAAAUGAUCACAAGGAAGUUGCAUAACGACACUGUGAAUAGCAUGAGUUUUUUCGAUAGUUACCUCGCCACAGGGUCGGCAGAUGAAACGGUACAACUGCUAAGCAUAGAGAGGGAUUUCCACAGUUUACAAAUAUACGACAAUUUCACUGAACCUGUGAAGUUCGUGCAGCUAAGAAAUAAGUUGUUGUUCACUCAGGCGGAUGGAUUUAAACUGUUCGAUAUACGUGUUCCGCGGAAGAAGCUUCAGUUAGGUAACCUGAACGGGAAGAGGAAUAACCCCGCCAGUGUGCACCGAUCAAGCGGCAAAAUGGUACCAAAGGGGGGGGAUAAUGCACUUGGCUCAGGAAGGUUCUUUCACCUCUACGACAAUGAACAAGUUAGACGUUUCUACAAAACGAUUCAGAAGGUGUACGAGCAAAGUUACAUCUCCGUAAAUUAUAUGACCCCGCAAUAUUUAUUUGACAAAAAAAUGAAAAAAAAUAUGAAUCCAACUUUUUUAAAAAAUUCAAACAACAUCAUUUACUCCUCCCUCGUAAAUGAUAAUACCAUCUUCACCCUAGACAGAAAUAGUAACCUCUAUUUUUAUGACAUUAGGGGGGAGAACUGGGUGAAUGUUCCUUCGACGAGAUCUGCAGAACCAAGAAGAAGGAGUAGCUUCCUCAUCACAGCUAGCUGUGACGACAGGCAACAGUUAUGUGCAGUUAACACGGUAGGGGAUAUCUUUUUUGAGUCCAUACAUUUUUGGAACAAUUUCGACAACCCUGUCGAGGGGGAUGAUGAAGGAACUGGAAUGGGACUUACCAGGACGAAUGUCUUCACCUCCAGAUGUUCCUUCACCCCGUCGUACAUUUCGUUCAUUAAUCAGCCUGACUGUUUGGGGGACUUGGCUGCCCACAAUCAGGGCGACAGUGAGAACGGCUCCUGCAAUUAUAUUCUGCUUACGGGGGCUAACGGGAAGAUGGAGAUACACACAAGGGAUGCCAGUGGUGCCAACGGUGCCAACGGGGUAGAACGGUUUGUGAAUGGGGGGUAA